AUGGAGAAGAACAACCGCUCGAAGCAGAUAUCAAUAGUACCCAAAAAUGCGUACGGAUUACGGACGGAUAUACAGGGGAACGUACAUUUUACCCUCAAACAGGAAAUUAUCUAUCCGGUUGCGGGAGUGCUGGCCAUCCACGAUUUUACCACCAACAAGCAGAAGUUUUUAAGAUUUCCUCAAAACUGCCAUCCGCAACGGAUUGUGUUAAGCCCCAACCGAAAGUUUAUAGCCGUCGUCGAAAGAACUAACGAUAAUAAAUCGAUGGUGAACGUGUACGAGAUCGAAACGCUACGCAAGCGGAAAACCCUUCAACUGCCUGCGGACUGUCCGAAUACGCAAAUCGGUAACGUCUGCUUCACGCAUGACUCUCGCGGAGUGGCGGUCCUGUCCGUCGAACCGGACGCAUUCCUCUCGAUCUUUUCGUUCGACAAGAACGAUUCGCUUAUCAUCGGCCGUGCGUCCAACUCGAGCCAGCAGGGCCAAGCGGUCUAUCUAUCCUGCAAUCCCAACGAUGCCACAAUCGUUGCGGUCGGUGGUUACUACAUGCUCAAAAUUAUGAACCGCACCGACAAGGGUUUCGGCCAGAUUGGUACAAUCAAGGGAGACGAUCUGCUGAUCACCUCCAUGACGUGGCUAUCGUCCGAUGUGCUGGCGGCGGGUACGGCCGAAACGGAAAUCAUCUUCGUGGAGUCGGGCGAGCUGAAGAUCCGUCAACGGGCCGACAUGAUCGAGACGGUGGAUCUGUCCGGCGAGGGGGACACGGACCUUGGAGCGACCACUUCGGCGGAAGUUGUAGGGCUGAAGCACGAGGUGCUAUGUUUGACGCAGUUCGAGAAGGGUUUCCUGUACGCGAUCCACAACGUGGUGCACGUGUUCGAGCGGGAAUCGAACUAUAACUUCCGGAAGAAGUCCGUCAUACGGGUGCCGGUGACGCUGUACGAUGAGACGCAGUACAAGAUCAUGAACGUGGCGGUUAACGAGGAGCAGGAUACGAUUGUGGUCGCGACGAUGCACUCGCAGCUGUACAUCGGUAUGCUGAUCGUACCGGAAACGCUUAAGAUCAGCGAGCUGGUGUUUCAGAACCUUGGUGAACCGUUGCACAUUAACGGCAUUAUCGGGAUGGCCGUCUGCUCGUGGAAGCCGAUCGUUAUGACCGCGUCUCGCGAUUUGACGAUACGCGUGUGGAACUACGAAACGAUGAAGGUGGAGCUGGUGAAGAAGUACCAGAUCGAAAUUGGCGUCAUUGCUCUACAUCCGUCCGGGUUCUUCGCCGCCGUGGGCUUUAUCGAUCUGCUCCGAUUGCUGCAAAUUCAACUGGACGAUCUGAAGGAAACGAAGAGCUUCAAUCUAGCGAGCUGUACUCAGCUACAGUUCUCUAACCAGGGACAUCUGUUGGCCGCUGCCCACGGGAAAAUGAUUACGCUUAUCUGCAUCUUCACGUUCGAGGUGGUGCAAACGUUGAAGGGACACAAUGGCAGCAUUCUGAGCCUGGCCUGGUCAACGGAUGAUGGAGUGCUGGUGUCCGGUGGUAACGAUGGAGCGAUCUACAAAUGGAACGUCGUGACUGGUGAGCGAUUGGAGGAGGUCGUACAGAAAGGCAUUCAGUAUCGUUCGAUAGCGCUCACCAGUGAUGCACACUCGGUGUAUUCCAUCACCAACACUGGGCUAAUCCGGGAAGUUGCCAAGUCAGAUAUUGCAAGAGAGUUCAAAAUUCCCGAAUUGACUGCACUUACCGAUAUGGCACUGGCCCGGUCUGAUGCGAUCUUGUUCGUAGGCAGCAUCAAGGGACACCUGUACAAUGUGCAAGUCCCGUUGGUCGAUACCAGCAGCGGCAACUGUACCAACUUCCGCUUUUUCAACACCAAAGUUACGAAGAUUUGCAUCACGUACGAUGAUUGCACGCUGAUAACGGCGGCCGACGACGGAACACUGAUCAUCUGGCGCAUCCUGAACAACGAGGGUAAGACGGCACGUCAUGCGCCGGAGUUGGGGAAAUGUUCGGAUGUGCUGAUCGCACGCCAGGAACUGAUCGAAAAGAACGAAUCCAUCAACACACUGGAGAUGCGAAUUCAACAGCAAAGCAUGGAGUUCCAGUACAAGAUGAAGCAGGGCGAUGCGUUCCAUUCGGAGCAGAUGCGUGACAUCCACAAGGACUAUUGUGCUGCUAUUGAGAACCUUAAGAAAAAGAAUAUCGAGAUGGAACAGGCACACACGGAGGAGUUCAACCUGAUCACGGCCAGCAUUGCACAGGGCAAGGAGGACCACCAGAAGGAGAUGAUGGACUUUGAGGCUCAGUUCCACGAAAAGAUUAUCAUGGAGUACGACAAGCUGACGAGCAUGAAGAACAAAAUGGACACGAUGCGGGAGGAGUACGAGGUUAAGCUGCGCCGCUCAGCGGGUUGUUUGCAGGACACUAUAGAAUCGAUGGAAGCUGACCAAAAAAGACUUCAAAACGAGAAGCAAGAGAUCAUCGAAAACAUGCUGAAGGAUAUGGAGCGCAAGCGUGCCGAAUUCGACGAGUACUGCCGGCAGGUGGACGUCGACAACGAUAGACACAAGGUGGAACUGCAGCUGCAGUACGAGAAAAAGCUCCAGGAAGAGGAGGAAAAUUCCAUCAAGUGGCGGGGCGAGGCAGGCGUGCUGAAGAAGAAAUUCUCCACGCUAAGCCGCGAGGCGGAAGCGUACCGGAAGGAGAUUGAAACGAUGCAAGCCCAGCACGGUAAGUUCCAGCAGAGCAUCCGGCAGCACCAGCGCGAAAUAGACGGUCUGCGCAAGGAGUUGGCCGAACGGGAUGGUACAAUACGCGACAAGGAUCGGAAGGUGUUUGAGCUGGGGAAGAAAAAUUCCGAGCUGGAAAAGUAUAAACAGGUGCUGUCGAUGAAAAUCACCGAGCUGAAGGCACAGAUCGAACCGAAGGAGCGCGAAAUCAAGGAGAAGAAAGAGUUCAUACUGGAGAUGGAAAAAAAGCUGGAGGAGCUGCAACAGAACAACAAGCAGUACGAGUUGCAGCUGCAGGAACUUCGCGACAAGUACUGCGGCAUAGAUCUGGAGUUGCGUCGCGAGCGGAAUCGGUUCCGUGCCUCCAAAGCCCAGUACCAACGGUUGUGCGGUGAGAUCUACAACGUGUCCGGAUUGAUACAACGCCCCGAGCAGUUGAAACGCAGCGUCAAGGAACUUUGCCACCGGUACUCGAAUGACAAGGAGCUGCAAAAGUCACUCGCACUAGACGAGGACGUGCAGAACGAGUUUCUGCGCCAGCGAGAAUAUCUCGAACGUAUGACCAAGAACGCCAAACAGAAGGCCAGCAGCCAGCGCAAGGAUGGCGGAGAAUCGCUAAAGCUGAAGAAGGAAAACAUGGAACUGCUGGCGGAGUUGAACAUGCUGCGUGAAAUGCUGAACGAAAAGCAAAGGGACUGUACGCGGAUGGAGGCACUACUGGGGCUGUCCAGUAAGGCGAUCUCUCCACGACAAGCGAAAGAAAAGCUAGAGAAAGCGGUUGCGGAUCGCGAUGCACUAGAGGCACAUCAUCGGGAACAGAUGGCCAAAUUGGAGGAAAUGGUACGGGCACUGUCGAACGAAAAUCAAACCUUACGGUCGGAAAUGAUUGCCCAAACUUCUCGCAAAACAACAACACCAACUGCUGGUGCUAACUAA